AUGUCGACUAAUAAAAAGAAUGAACAAUUGAGAGAACAACUAAUAGCGGCAGUGAUUAAAAAGCGCGCUGCGCUUGCCAGAGCGCAUCAGAUAGUUGUCACGCUUUUAGAGCCACAAAUCGAGGAAGCUGCAUUUAUUGACAUGCUGGCUGAAAUUGGACCGGAAAACUAUGCAGACGUUGUGGAAGAGCGACACAUAAACAAAUUAUGUGGUUAUCCACUAUGUGCAGUUGCAGUCGAAAAAGUAACCACAAAGAAGUACCAAAUCUGUGGAAUUAAGAAUAAAGUGUACGAUUUAACGGAGCGUAAAAAGUUCUGCAGUGGCCAAUGCUUCAAGGCAUCGGAAUAUAUCAAAUCACAAAUUCCCACAUCUCCUUUGUGGCUCCGCGACAAAGAACAGAGACCAAACUUUAAAUUAUUUCCAAUUAAAAAUGAUCCUACACCACUGUGAUUUCGACUUUAAAUGCUAUAUGCUAAGUGACUAUUUAUUACAAUCCAUUUUAAUGUUUUCAUUCAGAAAUUGGGCAGUUUACAAUGCAGCGAACUUGCCAGAUUUAAACAAUGAAUUAUAAUAAUAAAAAUUGUUGUGUUAAGCAAUUAAGUAUUGUAA